GCGAAUAAACCGAUAUAUAUAUUUUAUGUCGUAGCUAGCACACACGAGUUUGAAAAAAAAACAUGCGUAGCACGGCGAUUGUACCAAACGCACACUUCCGGAAUCACGGUUCUUUCCCGCAGCGAAGAGUUUAUCUGGCUAGUUAGCACUUUAGCAUGCUAAGCUAGCAGUUUCCUCCUCCAUCAGCGCACUCUUAAGUCUGUCUGCCCACAGACAGAAUAACCUUUGAAUAGCGCACUGCAUGCUCGUAGAAAGACGUAAACGUGUAAACGGCAGGUUAAGACAUAAUAUAAUGUGAGGUUAAAUAGAUAUUUUAGAGAAUUCAGUUAGCAUAACUCAACCACUUGCAGGCAUCUGACGUUUAGCCCGUUAGCGUUAGCCGCUGGUUUCAGCUUGCAGCUUUAACUAAACUGUAUGUUGCUUUUAUAUAAGCUUAAAAACACCACUUCCUUCUCUCCAACCACGAAUUUUGCUGUAAAUAAACAAGCGUUGGUUAUUAGCGGCUGUGCCCUGAUUUUCAGCCUGAUUAGCUUGUUAUGAGAGCAAGGUAUUCUUCAAGUAAAGUUGCAAAACCGUUAAAUAUGAUGGCAGAAAGCUCACUGUGGUGUAUGUAAUUCCCUUAGACUUGCUAUGAUUUUGAUCCCGUUCAAAUAAAUGUGGAUAAACAGUUCAUUUUGCUAGCUUUGACAGCCAAUUAGCAAGCACCAUAACGUCAAGUGUUUAUUUGGGUUGGGAUCUGCGUAUCUGGGAUCUUAGUACAUGCGGGGUCAAUGGGGUCAGUGCUGGGUGUUUACCAUAGAUGUGUAUAUACUAGAGCAGCGGCUCUCAGUCCUAGUUCUGACGAAGCCCAGCACUUCAGGACCAGGAUUGAGAACAUUUUAUGGUGUGCUAUUAGUGGAUUGAGUUUUAAACCCUGUCCCGCUGACUCUUAGAUUAUCACAGAUCAAAAGGACAGUAUGGCCACCACUGUCGCAGUCAGCCCCAGUGAAUAUCUUCAGCCCUCCACCAACACUUCUCAAGAUUCACAGCCCUCCCCGCUGGCACUUCUGGCGGCUACCUGCAGUAAGAUCGGGCCUCCGGCCGCCCAGGCCCCAGUCAGCACGCUACCGUCUCAGCCAACCACGCGCCGUCUGCACCCCAUCAAGCCCGCCCCCAUUGCCCCGGCUCCACCCAAAAACCUCGGAUUCCUCUCGGCAAAGGGAAAUGUUAUCCAGCUGCCCACGGGACUUGGUUCAUCAGGGGCCAGCCCUAUUGUCUUCACUAUUCAGAGCCCUUCACGUCCAGCAGGCACAUCCACUGCCAACAUCCAGUACCAAGUGAUUCCUCAGUUCCAGGGAUCUCAGACCAUUCAAAUGAUGCCUCAGGGAGGACAGAUCCAGAUCAUCCCCGGAACCAACCAGGCCAUUAUCACCACACCCGUCACAGUUCAGGCUGCCACACCACCUCUGGCCCCGGCCCCCCAGCAGAAGACGGUGGCGAUCAAGCCGUCUUCUCAGAAGCGGCGGCAGAAUAAUGCCAGCGUAAAUGCUAACGUUGUACGGCUUCCCAGUGGACUCACGCUCCCACUCAAUGUUAGUAUGAGCGAGGUGGGAGGAGUGCAGGUUGUUACGGAGACUGCUGCUGCUCCAGUGAAGGGCAAGAGGGGGAGGAAGAGACAGGUGGCUAUAGCCCCGCCCACCCCGACCCCUCAACCGGCCUCACCACCACCUGUAGCUGAACAGGUUGAAGCCUUGCUAAUAGAGACCACAGCCGACAACAUUAUUCAGGCAGGAAAUAAUCUCCUGAUCGUGCAGAGUCCAGGGGGGAGUCAGCCUGCUGUGGUGCAGUUGGUUCAGCAGAAAUCAGAUCAGCAGAUCGUUCAGAUCCCCCCGCAGGCUCUAAAAGUUGUACAGGCCGCCUCUGCCACACUUCCACCUGUACCACAGAGACAGACAGUCACGCCCAGUAUGCAGGUGUCCCCCCCAGAACCCACACAGGUGCUGAUUAAAACAGCCUCAGGUGAAUGGCAGGCUGUACAGCUACAUGAGACAACUGUUACCACGCCAGCAACACCCACCAGCACGCCCACACCUGCCAUGGCCACUAAAAAGGCUCAAACGGGGACAAGGAAAGAAAGGACUCUCCCUAAGAUCGCCCCGGCUGGAGGGGCGCUGAUAACACUGAACGCAGCACAGCUGACGUCUGCUGCUCAGGCAGUUCAGACCAUCAAUAUUAAUGGUGUCCAGGUGCAGGGUGUUCCUGUGACAAUCACCAACGCUGGGGGCCAGCAGCAUCUCACAGUGCAGACGGUUCCAGGUGCGCUGCAGCUGGGCGGUGUGCAGACACAGAUGCAGACCAUGCAGGUGGAACAGACACAGACACUCGCACUGGAACUGCAGAGUCAGCCAGGAGAGAAAAAGCGGCGCAUGGCCUGCACCUGUCCGAACUGCAAAGACGCAGAAAAGAGGCCAGGAGAGGUGGGGAAAAGAAAACACAUCUGCCACAUAGCAGGCUGUGAAAAGACCUUUCGAAAGACUUCGCUGCUGCGGGCGCAUGUCCGACUGCACACGGGAGAGAGACCCUUUGUGUGCAGCUGGGUCUUCUGCGGAAAACGAUUCACACGCAGUGACGAGCUGCAACGACACGCCAGGACACACACGGGAGACAAACGCUUUGAGUGCAAUAAGUGUCAGAAACGUUUCAUGCGGAGUGACCACCUCACAAAGCAUUACAAAACACACAUCAACACAAAGAGCCUGUGAACGUCGUCUUUCACAGGGCUUCAAGAACUUUGAUGAGGGGGAUAAGAAAGAAAAAUGCUGUUCCCAGGGCUUGUGAGAUGGGAGGAAACACAUGUAUGACGUGGCCCUGGAAGAUCACCUGUUUUGACCAGCCGUUUCAGGGUAAACUACACUCCCGCUGACCACUUUUUUUUUUACUCGCCCUCAUCAACAGAGAAACGCUGGCUGGCCGUAAAGUGUGGCCCUCAACUGGGAUUCAUGAAGAACAUGGAUGCCAGUUGUGUUUUUGCUGAUUCCUCUGUAAUACGGAGCAGAGAAGACGUCUGUCUCGGCACCAACAGACACUCGCUACUUUCCCCCCUGCACUUAAAUUUGUUCACAUGUUUUUGGUGUGUUUUAGCUAAACCAAGCCCCUCACAUGAAGUGUAGCAGCUAAUGGACAGUGUUUCUGGCUUUUAUUGUGUAAAUGUUUGUUUUCAUACAUGCAAACAUACAUUUGUACAUACUAUGGCAAAUUUGAAUACAAAAGCGACGCUUUGGACAAACUAAUUAUAUUCAGUUGAUAAAUGAAUUUUUUUUUUAGUCUGCUUUGGAAUUUUAAACAGAAGCUUGAAACUUUGUAUAACUUUGGUUGGUUGUUUUUAAUAUUAGUGGAGGUUUGGAAAAGACAUAUUUUGGCUUUUACAUACUUGUCCAUGUUAGACAAUCAUGUCUUAUAUAGAGGAGAUAAACAGGAGGGUAAAUAUCUUGGGACUUGCUACACGUUGAAAGGUUGAUCAUCAUAACAAGGAAUAAUUUAUUUAUAAAAAAAAAAA